AGAUGGGGAACUGUACACCUGGGGAAAGGGCAACUAUGGCAGAUUAGGUUUAGGAUGCAGUGACGAUCGUAUGGUCCCAAUGCUGGUUGAGACUCUAAAGGGGCACACUAUCAUUGAUGUAUCCUGUGGAAGUGGAGAUGCCCAGACCCUGGCUGUUUCUGAAGCUGGUAACAUUUACUCCUGGGGGGACGGAGACUAUGGCAAGCUUGGGCGUGGAGGCAGUGACGGCUGUAGAAUCCCAAAGAUGAUCGACUCAUUACAGGGCACAGAGUUCAAGCGUGUAUUCUGCGGUGCACAAUUCAGUCUGGCCUUAACAAAAUCAGGACAACUUUAUUCGUGGGGCAAGGGUGACAACCACAGACUCGGACAGGGUACAAUGGACCACAUUAGACGUCCAAAACUCCUUGAUACACUACUUGGCAAGAAGGUUAUAAAUGUAGCUGUAGGCACGAUGCAUUCAUUCAUCAUUACAGAGGACAAUGAGGUGUUCACAUGGGGCAAGAAUGACCAUGGCCAACAAGGGGACAGUACAGUGAACUAUAGACCUGAACCACAGCCCCUUGUACAGAUGGAGGGGAAGCAGAUCAUUGGAGCAGCCUGUGGACCUGCCCAGAGCUUUGUAUGGACAUCAAACGGACGCUGGAACAUCAAUCCCAGGGUUCCAUUUGUGGUUGAUAUAUGCAGAGCCACCUUUGAACAGCUAGAUGAACUACUUGGUGAGGUCGCAGAGGAUUUAGAUGGCAGGUUAGAUUGGCCACCGCCCCAAGAGAAAGAAUGUAUGACAGUAGCAGCAUUAAAUUUACUUAACCUACAGAUGUUUGCUGCAAUUAACCAGAAUGAGUCCCUCGACCACUUAGGGCUCAGUCCAGGUGGCGCUCUUGUAACUAGUCUAAGACAGCGGGUAGUGACUCUCGCAAGUAAUUCUGGAGUUCUACGUACGAUACAAUUUGCUGCACAGAAUGUACUGAAACAUGGAUGGUCACUGUUGCUUCCUACACCUGAGGAGAGAGCCAAGGCUUUGUCUUCACUCCUCCCAUCUACUGUAUCAAGAGAUGUGACAGGGUUAAGUGCUGGCCAACGUUUUAUGACAAACCUUCUAGUGAGUAGCCUCAUGGCUGAUGGGGGUCUAGAAACUGCUCUGGAAACAACCAUAAGACUAGAGACUCAAGGCAUUGAAGAAAAACAGAACAAGAGAUGUGCAAGUGAAUCAGAUCUUGUGGGGGAAGCGACCAAUGACAUCAAAACCCAGGAUGCCAUUUUAGAAGUUGAAAUCCAAAAUGAGGCUCAACACACGAUUCCUCUACUCCAACUUGUGCAGCAGCUUCUUAGAAACAGCUCCGCUUACACAUACCAAAAACUUAAUGAACUCUCAAAAGAUUUAAAUAUAAAGAAAGAGGGCUCUGAAUCAUGUGAAGCGACAUCUGUUGAUUUGUUGUUGAGGUUCCAGCGCCUCCUGGUGGCUAAAAUCUUCCAGGCCGAAUCAUCGUCACAAGAGGCUACAACACCAACUGUUGAGACUGAUUCUGAGUUAUUGGGUGCAGGUAUCCUCCUAAAGAAGUACACCAUGUUAAUGUGUGCACACGUCACUGAUAUUCUCCCCUUAGCAACCAGUCUUGCAUCAUACAGCAGUAAACACUUCUCAUUGGUGUCUCAAACCAUCUCAGAGGAUGUUGCAGGUCUGCUUUUACCGGAGUUGAUUACCAGUCUAGUGCUUCUACAAGUGAACACUCCAAGAGUUCUACAGGACUCAAAUGCUGUUCCCACAUUAGAGGUUUUACUUGAUGUACUGGAUAAGUUUAACAGACUUGCCCCAGGGAAGGAUAGGGAUGAUUGUGAGGAGCUGGCUUGGCCUGGAAUCUGGGGGAACUUGCUUGAAAAAUACACUCACAAGUCCACAGAUGAAGUGAUGCAGAUUCGUAAGGCAGACCUGGAGAAUCAUUGCAAAGAUGGUGGACUAUGGGUUGUGAUUCACGGUCGUGUUUAUGAUAUACAGGAUUUCAAGUCAAAUGCCCCAUGUGGUGCAGAAGUUCUGCUGGAUUACGCUGCCAAGGACGCAACUGAAGUUUUUGAACAGGUGUUUCAUACAGAUAAAGCAAGGGCAAUGAUGAAUAACUACUACAUAGGAAACUAUCUCGAUCCGGAUCAUGAUGUUGUUCAAACAACUGAUACCAGCACAGCCGGUUCCCCUCUCAUCGACACAGAGCGUACGCUAGCCCUGCUGUUAGGUCUACAUGCAAGCUACCAAGCUAGAAGCACGCCACUGUCCCAUGAUGAAUUGGAAUACAAACAUUGGUUAGAGUCGGAUUUCUGCCAAGGCGGUCUCCAAAUCUUACAGCCUCAGAAUCCAUAUGAGGAAGAGAAGGGGGAAAGUAGGACCCCCAGCUCCUGCACUACUACCCCAGGUACCACUCCAACAUCUGAGACUAAAACUCCGCCUCAACACAUCGACAAAGAAAAAUUGUUUGACCGCCAAGCGUCCCAAUGUGACGUCUCAAGGCCUUUCCUCCAAGCUCUACUGGAAAGUCAACUCACAGAUCACAGCGUGCGGACAUUUCUUAGUUAUGUACAGCGUUACUGCAAGAAUCACUAUUUGGUGACACCUAUAGAUUUCCCUCAGGAUCACCCUGUAGAAGAAGUGGGAAGACUGCUGUUGGCUGUACUACUGAAGCACAAUGAUCUUGGACAUGUGGCAUUGAGUCUAGCUGAACAUGGCGUAGGGGAAGCUAACAAGUAUGGUGUGCCCAGGUCUAUUGCUGAAAUAUGCAAGGUGGUUCACCAAGCAAAGAGAGCACUCAUAAAGAUGCACCAAGAUCUGAGUCGUUCCUACAAAGAAGUGUGUGCUCCUGUGAUAGAGCGGUGUAUGUUCCUAUUCAACGAACUGAGACCUGCCGUAGGAAAUGACAUGAAUGCGAUCUCCAGAUCAAGACUCUUACGUAGUACAUCAAGAUGGAGGGACGUCACUAGGAGACUAAUUGAGAAGAAGAUCAGACCGAAACUUGAAGCAGAGCGCCAUCUAUCCAGUGAAGCAUCUGGUUGUGCAUUCUCUGAGGAGGUAAUUACCCAUGAUGCCCCAGAGAUAAAUAAUGAUGAAGAGAAUGAAGCUAAGCGGGGAACUCCCCAGGAGGAUACUGCAGAUGCUGGGAACAAUGAGGGACAACAAGAUGAAGUGAAAGUAUAUGGCAAACAGAUCAACAGACUCUCUGAAAGUAAUGAAGAACAAGAGUUAUCAGAAAGUUGGACACAAGUGACUAACAUAGUAAGCAAUGAUAAAGGAUUCAAGUGGUUGAAGCAACGUCUUACGGGUGCAACGGCCAACACAGCAAUGAUGACAAAAAUUAUAGACUUUGUUAUGUUCGAGGGACCAUUGGAUAUUGAGAAACUACGACGUUCUCUUCAUUGCCAGGUUGAGAGAGCUGAACUGAGACUAAAGGGAAUUCAGAAUAUUCUAACUCUAGUUCACAAGGACCAUCUGAUCCCAUCUGUCAAGUAUGCCAUGUUGUGUGGAUGGCAGGGCCUCCUUACUGUUGGUACAAAGUUGACGGAACCUUUACCACAUUGUCUGACCAACAUUGGACUUAUACCCCCAUGUGAUAAGAUCCUCAUUGAAAUGAUGUACUGUGAAUUAAGCAAAUGGUGCAUUUCAACACUGAGGAGCUGUAUACUGGAAGCAGAAAUGUUCUUCAAGUCUAAAGGAAUCAACCCAAGCUCCCAGGGCCAGGAUAACAGCAAGGAUGACUUGAGCAUAGGGACCCUUCCAGUUGGCAGAUUCAUGCUAAGUGUACUGGGAAUGUUGACCUCUGAACACCAUGGCAACAGCAUCAGCCUCAUUCUGAACUCAGGCUUGUUGGCAUUGACACAGAGCAUCCUUAGGCUCACAGGCCCUGACCCCAAUGGUUACACGACAGAGAACAUCCACACAGUACACGCUGUCUUAGAAGAACCACGUCACAAAAAGGAGCCACAAACUGUACCGAUAUCUGGGCCAGAAUUGGCAGCCAUGAUGAAGAUUGGCACUAGGGUUAUGAGAGGUGUCGACUGGAAAUGGGGCGAUCAGGAUGGGACGCAGCCAAGCCUCGGACGUGUCAUCGGUGAACUAGGGGAGGAUGGUUGGAUAAGAGUUGAAUGGGACACGGGAAGCACAAACUCAUAUAGAAUGGGCAAAGAGGGCAAAUAUGACCUGAGACUUGCAGAGGCGCCAUCUAUAGCUGAACAUGAUGAGGAUGACAGUGAUGAAGAAGAUUCAUUCAACAACAAUGCGAAUCAAGAAGAGCUGGUCCACCCCACUGCUAUGAUAAGACAGGGCACCCUACAACUUCUGAGCACUCUAUCUGUAUGUACAGGAAUCUAUGCUGAGCAGACACAGCCCGAAGCAAUCAGUGCCCUCUGUGGGCUCUUGAGGACACUAGUAGAUGCAGGGACAAACAAAUCAAAUUCGGCCAAUACUUUGAGUAGAAGCAUAGCCAAGGAGCAGUAUUAUGUGUGGGCAACACUUGGCUUUAUUAAGAGUAUAGCCACUAGGCCAGGGAUAUGUAGAGCCCUGAGUACCCCCCAGUGGAUCGACCUGCUACUAAACACAUUGAGUCAUCAAACUGGGAAUAACAUUGGUGGACAUAAUCUCCCAAGAGAGAUCUUGACUAUACAUCUCCUCCAAGCUAUUUUGCCAUCAUGGGAUGUGACAAUAGAUUCAGAGAGGAUGGAUGGACUUGUCACUAAACUGUUUGAAAUCCUCGGCCAUGUGCUGCUGUCGUGUAACUCUGACCCUACAUUGGUUCCUAUUGACUCUCCAAAAAGAAGCAGUAGACGUCGAGCACCUGUGUCAAUCUCUGCUUCAUACUCCAGUACUCUUGCUGAAGAACUUGUGACAUUACUUCGCAAGAUACACGUUCUGGACUCAUGGAACACUAUUAUAAAUAAUCACAUCACAGGCACCUUGAGUCUUAUAGCUGACAUGGUUGUAGAAAAGUCAAAUACUUUACAACUUGAUGACAUCACAGUCCAGCCAAACCAGGCAAAGGUUGCCGCAAUAUUAGCUUUGAUUGGUGGGAUCGAUACGCGAGCCAGGCUCGGGGGCGUUGUCUCUGCUGAUGAUGACGGCACAAUAGGGACCAUAGCAAAGAUAUCUCCAAGGGGAAAGAUCACAGUCCAGUGCCAUGAGACAAACUCGAUGAAGGUGUACAGGCUGCCUGAUAUAACCCCUGUCCCUGGGGAACAGUUCUGUGUAGAAAAACUUGUAUUGAAUGACAGAGUUCUAGAACUAUGGGCUUCCCUUGUUAGUCUUGCUGGAGCUGGGUUCAAAGUGGAAAAAGACAAAGAUCGUAAUGCUAAGGGAGCCAUAAGCAAAGUAGAUAAAAGUGAUACAGAUAAUAUAGACAACAGUUUGUUGAGACGGCAACAGAUCCGACUAGGUCUACUAAAAGCUUCCAGAGUUUUGUUCAGUAACCAAGACAACCUGAGACACAUUCUCAAACAAUAUGUCAACACAGACACUGUGUCAACAGAUAGCGUUCCACAAGAUCUCUCAAACAAACCAAAAGAUUUGCCAUUAAAUGUGAACGACAGUUGUUCUACAUCAACCAGUCCAGAUGUUAACAAUCAGAUAGAUGGCGCAGUUGUUGAUAAGAACAUUCCGGCAGUUGAACCAACUUCCACACCUGUCCAAAUCGAAAUGGAAGAUUUGGUUCUUCAAAUACCUGAAUCAGAUGAUGAACCAAUUGAGGUCUCUUCAAGCACUGAAAAUUCCACCAAAGAAGAUGGCGCUCUGCCUGAUAAAGAAAUUGAUGUGCAGAAGGAAAGUGAAACACAGAGUGAAAAUGAUGCACAGAAAGAAAAUGUGAAACAUAAAGAAAAUGAUUCACAAAAAGAAACUGGAGCUCCUCAUAAAAGUGUUUCAUUUGCCGAACCUGAGACAACGAAAAAAGUAUUGAGUGAUAUACCUGGACAGGAAGUGACAUCAUCGCAAGAGGAAGAGGGCCAAUCAGAGGCAGGGACAAUGAUGACGCUCUUGCAACAGCUGAUGCAUGCAGCUACGCAGCCAUCUCCUGUUAAAGCCAUAUUCUCAAGAGAAGAAUUAGAGUCUGCAUCGCUUGCCAUCUGCCAGUACCUAACUGCCUGUGGUAAUAACCCCCACCCUCAUCCCCACCCCCCUGUCCAGAGCAGCCACAUCAUCACGAACACAAUAGCGCAAGCUUCAGCCAAUGACAUCAAUGAGCAGAUUGCUGCAGCGUUCACAGCUCCACCUGCGGUGCCAGCGAGAGUGAGGCUGACCCAGAAACAGAAAAAAGUGAAGGCGACACCUCUACCACCCGUACCUGUGGUCGCUCAAUUGAUUGAGAUGGGAUUCGUAAGGAAGAAGGUUGAGCAUGCUGUUGUUGAGCUAGGUGGCUCCAUUGAACCUGGCAGUGACACACCAAGCAUUGAAGCAUUGGUAGGUUGGCUCUUAGAACAUGCUAACCAUGACACUUUAACACCAGAGCUUGUAGACUCAGAGGAUAGCCUCAGCAACUCAGAGGAUGAUAGUAGUGAGGAUUUUGAUAACAAUGAGGAUAUCUUGGAUGAUACAAGCACUGACUCCUCUGAUGGGAGCGAUGAUGAUGAUUUUAACUUUGAGCAGCCUUGCAAUGCUAUCCAAUCCUGGGCUGAUGUUUUAUCGCAACCAGACGCAGGAGGUAUGGUGUUUAAGAAACGUGGUGACUUCAUGAACAAUGACGAUUACGCCAUCUAUGUGAGGGAUAAGAUCCAGGUUGGAAUGACGGUCAGAUGUUGUCGAUCUUAUGAAGAGGUGCAUGAAGGGGAUAUCGGAAAAGUUAUUAAGCUUGACAGAGAUGGCCUACAUGACCUUAACAUACAAGCAAGUUGGCAAAGAAAGGGAGGCUCAUAUUGGGUGAGAUACAUACAUGUAGAGCUACUAGGAUUCACAUCAGCGACUGCCGCCACAACAGGGGGACAACAGAUCAAGAAUGGAGAUAGAGUUAGAGUGAAGCCAAGUGUAUGCACGCCUAAGUAUAUGUGGGGAUCCGUGACACAUAGGAGCAUAGGUACUGUUACAGCCAUUUCCCCCAAUGGUAAAGACGUCACUGUAGACUUCCCCCAACAGACACACUGGACGGGACUGCUCUGUGAGAUGGAACUAGUCCCGAGUACACAUACUAAAAUAACAUGUGAUGGUUGUCAGGCCUACCCAAUCAUAGGCCCUCGCUAUAAAUGUAGAACAUGUGCAGACUUUGACUACUGUGAAAGUUGCUUUAAGAAUGAAAGAACUCACAAACACCCUUUUGUAAGAUACACUGAUCCAAUGAGUCUACCUGUAUCUGUGGGUCGCCCUGGACGUAGUAAGAAGCCUAAGGCAGUACAUAUUGCUAAUGCUGCUCUCAUAGAAGACUGGCACAGAUGUGUGAAGCAGUUGACAGUGUCAUCUAGAGAGAGUCAGGCUCAUAGGCUAAUAGAUGGCACUGGUGGAUUCUGGCAGAGUUCUGGGUCGCAGGGCAAGCAUUGGAUCCGUCUUGAAAUGCAGCCAGAUGUGAUAAUACAACAACUAUUCAUGCGUAUUGAGCCAUCUGACUCCAGCUAUAUGCCAUCUCUAGUCAUAGUCAGUGGAGGAGAUAGUGAAAAACACCUAAAGGAACUGAAAUGUGUGAACAUUGAAAAUACAGAAACUUUGGUAACUCUACUGGGUGAUAUGUCUGAGUAUUUCCGGUACAUAGACAUCUCCAUACGCCAGUGCAAGAGCAGUGGAAUUGAUUGCAAAGUUCACGGGUUGUCUGUGAUUGGUCGAGUAAAGGCGGAAGAUGACGACACGGCGUCUGCUUUCUCUUUCCUCGCAUCAGAUAACGAAGAGGAAGAAGAGAAGACAGUUACGUCAAAUGUUCAGAAAAAAUCAGGGAAAGUUGCAGGAUCAAAGGAGAUCCAGACGCAUGUGUUUGUAUGGGGUCUUAAUGAUAAAGAUCAGCUAGGAGGCCCUAAAGGAUCAAAGAUUAAGGUUCCAGUUUUAAAUGACACACUAUCUUCACUGAAAUGUGUACAGAUUGCUGGUGGAUCAAAGAGUCUUUUUUGUGUGACCCAAGAUGGGAAGCUAUAUGCCUGCGGGGAAGCAACCAAUGGUCGUUUAGGACUUGGGAUCAGUACUGGCAACAUCUCCGUGCCUCGGCAAAUCACGUCACUCAGUCAGUAUGUGGUGAAAAAAGUCGCAGUCCACUCAGGUGGUCGACAUGCAAUGGUUCUCACAGUGGAUGGUAAAGUUUUCUCUUGGGGCGAGGGGGAUGACGGCAAACUUGGACACUUCAGCAGAAUGAACUGUGACAAACCUCGGCUGAUUGAGGCAUUACGCUCCAAGCGUGUUCGUGAUAUUUCAUGUGGGAGUUCACACAGUGCCGCCAUCAUAUCUAAUGGAGAAUUAUACACAUGGGGACUGGGAGAAUAUGGGAGAUUGGGCCAUGGAGAUAAUACAACCCAGUUAAGACCAAAACUUGUCAAAGAUCUUGUUGGAAAACGAGUGAUCCAGGUAGCUUGUGGGAGUAGAGACGCACAGACAAUUGCUCUCGUUGACGAUGGUACACUCUAUUCAUGGGGUGACGGAGAUUUUGGAAAGCUUGGUCGGGGUGGGAGUGAAGGGUGUAACAGACCCCACCCUGUUGAGCGACUCCAGGGCCUGGGGGUGAUACAGAUAGAAUGUGGGGCACAAUUCACACUGGCACUUACCAAAUCUGGACAUGUGUGGACAUGGGGAAAAGGCGACUAUUUCAGACUGGGGCAUGGUACAGAUGCACAUGUUAGAAAGCCCCAACUUGUUGAAAGUCUAAAGGGAAAGAAGAUCAUACAUGUUGCUGUUGGGGCUCUUCAUUGCUUGGCAGUUUCAGACACUGGACAGGUGUAUGCAUGGGGUGACAAUGACCACGGUCAACAAGGUAAUGGAAGUACAACUGUUAACCGUAAACCUGCGCUAGUACAGAACUUAGAGGGCUAUAAGAUCACCAGAGUUGCAUGUGGGUCUUCUCAUAGUGUCUGCUGGUCCACAACUAAUCUCUCAUCACCCAAGAGUCAUGAACCAGUACUGUUCAGUACAUCAAGGGACCCACUAGGGGGCUCAAUUCUAGGUUUACAUGAGACUGGAGUUGAGGAUACGAUCGUGACACCAGCAGGCCAGACUACUUCAACAAUAAAGACACCACGCCCCUCUCUAGCCAAGAUCGUCCUUUCCUUAGAUAGCAAUGCCUCAAAACAGCAGGCUUUGGUGCAUAUACUUACUGCGCUUCAGAUCAUCUAUGCCAGAGAUGCCGUAGUGGGUUCACUAGUCAACAACACAGAGGUUGUAUCUGUAGCUGACUCGCAUAUUCAGUCCACUACCCCUCCUCCUAUAUCGCCAAUUGCAAGUCCGAGCCAUGAGUCAACUGAUGGGCAGAUUGGAUCAACCAAUCAGAUGGCAGAUAGCAGUGAUGUCUUAACGGCAGUACACGAUCAUCCACACUCGAGUGUCCAUGAUUUAAUGUCUGCCAGCCAGCUGAGUGCCAUGACAUCUAGUGGCCACGAGAGCAUAUCAUCCUCGAUGAUAAGCAUGCACAGUUUAGCAAGGAUAUCUCCAGCUACCAGUAUUAUAGCAGAAACCAUCACAUCUGCAGAACAGGUGACAAGCUCUACAGAUGCUGAGACUCCUAUUACUAUACAAGACCUGGAUGAGUUCACCAAGUCCCUAUCUGCAGAUGAUGCACGUAUACUCGUAGAUUUAUUGAAACUGGCGGUUGCUAGCAGAGCAGGAAUACUUGGUAAAGAGGCUCUGGCACAUAGUUUAACAGCCCUGGGGAAGACAUACCCUCAGGUUGCUGAGAUGUUACUAGAGCUGUGUGUAACAGAGCUAGAGGAUGUAGCCUCUGAUACAGAGUCAGGACGUAAUGUUGCACAACCAGUCAUACAGGAAAGCUCUCAUCCAUAUAUCGAUGAUGAGUCAAAGUCUGGACAAGUUAAGAUACCAGGUGCCGAGGGACUGAGAGUGGAAUUUGAUCGCCAGUGUUCAACUGAGAGACGUCAUGAUCCUCUAACGAUCAUGGAUGCCAGUGGAAGAACUAUCUCAGUUAGAUCAGGGCGUGACUGGAAUGAUUGGUCCCAAGAACUACGAAUCAGCGGAGAAGAAUUAAAAUGGAAGUUCACGAGUGAUGGAUCUGUAAACGGAUGGGGUUGGCGAUUCACUGUGUAUCCCAUAAUGCCCUCUGAGGCUCCGAUGGAUAUGUUAAGUGACCGCACAGUACUAUCGAGGCCAUCUAUUGAACUUGUGACUUGUCUUUUGGAUUUCAAGUUAGAUGUGACGUCAGAUAGGAAUAUUGUGCCGAGACUCGGUGCAGCAUUAGCAGCCUGUGCUCAACUAAGCACUUUGAGUGCGUUACAGAGAAUGUGGGCAUUGCAGAAGUUACGUAAAUUGAUGAUGACGACACUGGGGGCAGCUUUGAACAUCAGUCAGCUUGUAUCACCACAAUGUGAACUCAGUCUUGAGCCAAGAUAUACAAUGUCAUUGAGUGGUACAGCAUUAGACUCUCUAGUGAAGUCUCUACCCCAGGCAUUGCAGAGGCAGUUUGAUUAUGAGGAUCCCAUAGUGAGGAGUGGAAAACAUCUCAUGCAUAGUCCUUUCUUCAAGGUUCUUGUGGCAUUAGCCUGUGACUUAGGGCUAGAUGGACUCCCAGUGUGUAUGGAGGCUCACAAGUGGGCCUGGUUCAGGAGAUACUGUAGUGCAGCAAGAGUGGCAAAGUCAAUAGAGAACAGGUCUGCUCUGCCUCAGGCCUUCUGUGAAGAAGUCAACAAGAAGGUACAUGAGAUAUUGGCAGAGGGGGAAUCUCUGGACUCCCAGCAUGCAUUGCACACAGUGUUCACUCAGGAGAUGGAUGAACAGCUCCUCCUGUGGCUGAAUAGGAGACCAGAUGACUGGACUCUGUCCUGGGGUGGAAGUGGCCAAAUCUGGGGGUGGGGACAUAACCACAGGGGUCAGCUUGGGGGCAUAGAAGGUGCAAAGGUGAAAAUACCCUUGUCCUGUGAUGCCCUCACGGCCCUGCGCCCUGUACAGCUGAUUGGUGGAGAACAGACUCUGUUUGGAGUCACUGGAGAGGGCAAGGUCUAUGCAACUGGCUAUGGUGCAGGAGGACGACUGGGAAUUGGUGGCGCUGAGAGUGUUGCCCAACCAACUCUGCUGGAGUCUAUACAACAUGUCUUCAUAAAGAAGGUUGCUGUGAAUUCAGGGGGCAAGCAUUGCCUGGCCCUGUCAUCUGAGGGUGAGGUAUAUUCAUGGGGAGAGGCCGAGGAUGGCAAACUGGGACAUGGAAAUAGAAGUCCUUGUGACCGACCACGUGUGAUAGAGUCACUGCGAGGCAAGGAGAUUGUAGGCAUAGCAGCUGGAGGUGCCCAUAAUGCAUGUAUUACAGCCAGUGGGGAACUCUACACAUGGGGAAAAGGAAGAUAUGGACGUCUAGGGCAUGGUGACAGUGAAGAUCAGGCUAAACCAAAGCUGGUGGAAUCAUUGAAGGGGUACCGUGUGAUAGAUGUCGCCUGUGGCAGUGGUGACGCACAAUCCCUGUGUAUCACAGACAAUGAUUGUGUGUGGUCCUGGGGAGACGGGGACUACGGGAAGCUAGGAAGAGGGGGAAGUGAUGGCUGUAAGGUCCCAACCAAGGUGGAUGUUCUAAUGGGUGUAGGGGUCAUCAAAGUGGAGUGUGGCUCUCAGUUUUCAACAGCGCUGACAAAGGCUGGAGAAGUUUACACCUGGGGUAAAGGAGACUACCACAGACUUGGACAUGGUACGGAUGAACAUGUGAGAAGGCCAAGGAAGGUCUCUGGUUUACAAGGGAAGAAGGUCGUCAGCAUAUCUUGUGGCUCGCUACAUUGUGUCGCAUGCACUGAUAAAGGAGAGGUGUAUACAUGGGGUGACAAUGAUGAAGGGCAACUUGGAGAUGGUACAACAAAUGCAAUCCAACGACCCCGCCUUGUGGCCAACCUCCAGGGGAAGAAAAUCAACAGAGUCGCUUGCGGAUCUGCACACAGUCUCGCCUGGUCAACCAACAAACCAAUCAAUGCAUCUAAACUCCCAACUGACAUCCCAAUGGAAUAUAACCAGCUUCACGCUGUUACGAUUAACGUUCUCCGAAAUCGGCUCGUCCUUCUACAUUAUUUCUCCGAUCUUUUCUGUCCAUCGAUCCCGAUGUUUGAUCUGCAGGAUGGGACUGAGGAUGUGAAUAUCAGUGGUAAUCUAAUGGGGCCUGAUUCACUGAGGGGGGUCCUUGUGUCUUCUGCAAAGGAGGCGGCAUUUAGGAAAGUUGUCCAAGCAACGAUGAUACGAGAUCGUCAACAUGGACCUGUCAUAGAAAUCAACAGAAUACAGGUCAAGAGAUCCAGGAGCAAAGGAGGUCUUGCAGGACCAGAUGGCAUUAAAUCUGUGUUUGGACAGGUCUGUGCUAAAAUGUCAGCUUUCAGCAAUGACAGUCUCAUGUUGCCACACAGGGUCUGGAAAGUUAAGUUUAUAGGUGAGAGUGUAGAUGACUGUGGCGGAGGUUAUAGCGAAUCAAUAGCAGAGAUGUGUGAAGAGCUACAGAAUGGCUCUACCCCACUGCUUAUUGUAACGCCAAAUGGACGUGAUGAGUCUGGUGCUAAUAGAGACUGCCAUCUGUUAAACCCUGCCGUUAAAUCAGCAAACCACCAGAAUAUGUUUAGAUUCCUUGGUAUUUUAUUGGGCAUUGCCAUAAGAACUGGAAGCCCCCUAAGUCUGAAUCUGGCUGAGCCUGUGUGGAAACAACUUGCCGGGAUGCCCCUCAAUGUAACUGAUCUGACAGAGAUUGACAAAGACUAUGUCCCAGGUCUUAUGUGUAUCAAAGAUAUGGACAGUGAAGGUCUCCAUGCAGCAGAUCUCCCAUUUAGCACUCCAAGUGCUGCAGGACAUGAGGUUCAAUUGAGCUCUAAGUAUACAAAAAUCACACUUGAGAACAGACAGGAGUACAUACGCCUGGCACUAAAUUACAGGCUACAUGAGUUUGAUGAACAAAUCCAAUGGGCAAGAGAGGGAAUGGCUAGAGUGAUUCCUGUGCCAUUAUUGUCCUUAUUCACAGGCUUUGAAUUGGAAACCAUGGUGUGUGGGAGUCCUGAUAUUCCCCUGAAUCUCCUGAAAUCAGUGGCCACUUAUAAAGGUAUUGACGCAAAUGCCCCUCUUAUACAAUGGUUCUGGGAAGUCAUGGAGGAAUUCACAAACACUGAGAGAUCGUUGUUCCUGAGGUUUGUCUGGGGACGUACCAGAUUACCUAGGACUAUUGCAGACUUUAGAGGCAGAGAUUUUGUGCUACAGGUGCUUGACAAAUACAAUCCACCAGAUCACUUCCUCCCUGAGAGCUACACAUGUUUCUUCCUGUUGAAGAUGCCUCGUUACUCCGCCAAGAUUGUACUCAAAGAGAAACUGAAGUACGCGAUUCACUUCUGCAAGAGCAUAGAUACUGAUGACUAUGCUAGAAUUGCACUAAGUGGGGAACCGAUUGAGAAUGAUUCAUCUGAUGAUACCGAACCAGAUAUGGACUUUAUUGAAUCUGACGGUGAAAUUGUUUGGUGAAUGAGGAAAAUAAUAAUUUGCCAUAAGACUAGACUAUUAGUGAAAAAAAUAAUUGUGCAUAUUUACCUUAAUUUGCCACACAAAGUGUUUGGUGGAUAGAGAGAAAAAACAACUGGGCAACUUAUGACUUUGAUGGCUAUAUUGGUUGGUAAAAAUUGUAAAAAAAAUUGUAUGGACAAUACUGCUAAUUCACAAAUUGUUAAGAAAAAAUUAAAACUUUGCUAGGCUUGGAUCAUCGGACAUUCUAUAAGAAACAAUGCCAUGAGAAACAAUGCCAUUGAUUUUUAAUGUAAGAAUAUUUAAAUUUUCUAAAUUUUUAGUUUUAUUUUAUCAUGUUUAUUUGCUUUCUG